ACUCAUUUACUCCAUUCUAAAACUCACAAAAAAAAAAAAAAGUAAAUAAAUAAAAAAUAAACAAGAUGCCAGUUCGUUUUGCAACUGAAUCAUCAUCAUCAUCAGCAUCAAAGGGAAAGCUUUUUGGACGUGAAAGGUCAAUACAUGAAGUUCUUGGAGGAGGAAAAGCUGCAGACGUAUUGUUAUGGAGGAACAGGAAUAUAUCAGCUGGGCUUUUGCUUGGAAUAUCAGUGAUAUGGUUUCUUUUUGAAGUUGUUGAAUACAAUUUCAUAACCCUUCUCUGUCACCUCUCCAUCGCCAUAAUGCUUGUGUUCUUCAUCUGGUGCACCGGCGCUGAAACGUUUGGAUGGAAUCCUCCAAUUCUACCACAAAUCAUCGUACGUGAAGAUGCAUUCAAAGAUGCUGCAUUAACCUUUCAUAGAAGGUUCAACCAUUCCUUGUCAAAGCUCUUUGACAUUGCCUAUGGAAGAGACUUACCACAUUUCAUAUUGGCAAUUGUUUCUCUUUAUACUCUGUCUGUGAUAGGAACUUACUUCAGCUUUCUGAAUUUCCUUUAUGUGGGAUUUCUCUGUCUGCAUAUAUUGCCAAUUGUUUAUGAGCGAUUCGAGGAUGAUAUCGACCGCCUUGUUGGGCACGUAAUCCUAGAGAUGAAGAAAUUAUACAUGAGGUUUGACACGAACUUUCUCGACAAGAUUCCAAGAGGUACAGUGAAAGAGAAGAAACUUAGAUGAAAGUUGAAUAUCAUAAAAGUAUCAUUCGUUCAUUCACAACUCUACUCUGCCAGAGAGUUGCACUUAAAUUUACUCACUUUGAAUCCAUCUGUAUUAACAUUUUUACAUCACUGUAAAUGUCAAAGUCAACAAAAACCAGAAUGAAAAAUAAAAAUAAGUUCAUUUAAUUU